AUGCGCCGCGACCUUCCGACCCGCAACAUUCUCUUGACAGGCGACUUUGCGCACGCCAAGCUCACCGAGCUCAGCGUCGCACGCACCAUUGACGACCACACGAUGACAGCCAAAAUGGGCUUUCCCAAGCGCCCGUCCCGGUUCCGAAACCUCUUGCUUCAGUGCAUGAAACUCGAGCUGACCGACCCUGCUACCGGCCUCUGA